UGGCAGAAGGGGUGUGAGGAUCUGCUGAAACUUUCCAUUAUGCAAUCAAAUGGAAAUUUGACCUGCAACACUGAAUACAAUAACUGCAACGAGUGUCAGAAGCAUUGCACAGCAUGCCUGGGAGGUCUUAAUGUCAGCGUGGAUGCCUGCCAGGAUUUGUGUUUUGGAGUUUGUUCACCGUGUGCACUGGAUAGUGACUGCAAGCAGAUUGUAUUGUUCGAUGGAGGAUUUACUGGACAAAUAAAAAGCGUUUUUAAUGUUAGUGACUCGAGUUGCAAGGAUAUCUAUAACGGAUUAUCACCAUUCAACGGGUCAACCUGCAUUUUAUCUUUUGAAACCGGGCUUGGAAACGACACAGAUGAAACCUGCAGGUUCUCAGACAGCGGUGUGUGGUUAGAAAACAGCACUAAUUCCGACACUUUUCAAAUCAAAAUCACCAGAGAUGUGCAACGCAGACCCAAAACACCUGUCUGCUUCGUGAAAGGAACUCACAACUACAACUGGACAAGUGUUGCGUUGACAAACUGCUCUCAACUUAAAGAACAACCUACUGGGCAGUGUGAGAAUAUAACCUGUGUGGAUCCCAAUAAGAUUUGUCAGAAAGCUACAUACAAUCCAAACUGCAAUGAAACCGGUUCAAAUGAUGACCUCAUCAUAUUAAAUGUAUGGCCUCCAGCGUGCUACAAAUGUGGGAACGCUUUUAAGCCAGUGGAUGGAUCCGUUAAGAUUAAUUUUACACUUCAAGACUCCAACAAAAAUAUCAGCUAUUCUAACAUGAUGAAGACCGUAACUGAUAUGAUUUUGAAAAUGAUGGAGAAUCAAUCCUCAGCGUCCGUGUCCUUUGAUGAUGUUAGUGGUAUUGUCGUGAAACCCACUGUCUUUGAACCCAUCCACUUUAUGUUCGCCAAGGAGUUUAAUAUCGUCGAAGAUACAGACCAGAUGCAGAGCUUUGACACGACGUUCUCGGUACCGAAGGAGGCUUUUGAAAAAGCGUCCAGUAUGAACACAACCACAGUUUUUACAUCGUUGUUACGAUUUCCCAGUUUUCCACAGGACGAUAAGAACAGCACGCUGCUGAAUAAUGAAGUGUACUCCAUCGACAUGGGAACAGAAAUAUCAAAUCUCAACAGCUCAUUUAAUCUAACCUUCAGGAAAAUUGACCCGAAAGCCGGCGAGCCUUUGUGCUACUCUUGGGAUGGACAAGGUGCUACUCCGAACUGGACGACUGAUGGAUGCAACACUUCCUAUAUUAAUUACUCUGCGACCUGCUCGUGCCAGCACUUAACCUUCUUCGCUGUGUUGAUGACUCCACCACAGACCAUCUCUCCAACUGACCUCAAUAAUCUCACCUACAUCACCUCCAUCGGGUGCGGCCUGUCCCUCUUCUUCCUCAGCAUAGCUCUCUUCACACACUUCCUGUUAAGGAGAGGCCAAGCCAGCAUUUCAGUCCACAUCCUCAUGAACCUGUUCCUGGCCCUGUUCCUGCUCAACUUCACCUUCCUCAUCAACGAGUCUGUAGCUAACACGAGGAAUGUGAUUGGCUGUAAGUUAAUGGCGGGGGUGAUGCACUACUCCAUGCUGUCUGCGUUCACAUGGUUCGGCCUGCAGGCGCUACAUCUGUGUUUACAGCUCGCACAAAAUGUGGCCAGUGUCCAGAAUUACAUCACCAAAUUGUGCAUCGCCGGCUGGGUGCCUCCUGCCCUUGUGGUGUCGGUCAUUUUCAUUUGUCAGAAAUACAACAAGCUUGACAUUGUCUCUAAUACGGGAAAAACCGUAUCAAUGUGCUGGAUCACCGACUCAACCGUGCACUAUGUAGUGAACAUCGGCUACUACGCCGCCAUCUUCCUCUUCACCUUCCUCACCUUCGUGGUGAUGAUUCGCUGGCUCUGCCUGCUCAGUUAUAAAAAUACCACCAUCACCACUUCAGGGAAAAAGUCGAGAUCCUCGGACGCUCUGACCAUCAUGGGGCUGUGCUGCAUCCUGGGAUUGAGCUGGGGCUUCGCUUUCUUUGCCUACGGCCCAUUACAAAUCCCCGCUCUCUACAUCUUCACCAUCCUCAAUUCCUUCCAGGGAUUCUUCCUGUUUGUUUAUUACUACAAGUCCAGUAGGCUGGCUGGCGAAUCUGACACAUCGCUGGCGAAAAGCAGCACGGAGACCACGGUGAUCGAAAACCCAUACGGCAAACACAAAACCUACUAAAUCCAGGAUCAGUGGACCAGAGUAAAACUGCAAUGCGUUCAAAUAAUGAGCGCAACUUACAGUUAUUCAAAUUAACCCGGUUAAUUUGAGUGUUUGAGUUAUUGUUGCAUUUUAUUUGUUGUUCUAUCAAGCAACAAAAACUACUUUUAAACUAUAUAUAUA